UUGAUUAGAGGACUGAGUGUGGGGACUUGAAUCGGGUAUAUAUCUUUAACAACUGACUUGGUCAUGCUAGCUUAGCAUUUGUAAAUUUAGUCUAUGAAGUCACGGGAACUGGAGUUGUUGCUCAGGGUUCAAAUGUCUUGUACAUUGUCUAGAAUGCACAUCGCAGCAUGUUCUUCUUUUGUUAUUUUCUUGCAAGUCACCGUUAAGGAGCAGGGCCAAUGCCACAUCAACUGUAGUAUCACAUGGUUAGCAGUUUGAUGUUGAGAGACUUUCAUUACAUAAAAUAUGAGACUAGUCCAACUUCACCUUCCUGCUUUAGUUAUCAGAUAAUCUUUCAAAUGCAGAGCCAAAGAUGAUGCAAAGUUGGUCUAGGAUUUUCUUUUCUUAGUCCUCUCAUUGAUAGGUUAAAUAGAAAAUUAGCAGGAUUUUUGGCAGGAUCUAAGCCAGGGACAAAGAAGGAAACAUGUUCUGCCAACUAAAACAAUGGAGUUUCCUUAAACUUAUCAACCACCUGUAUCUCUAUCAUCUGUUCAUACAUUGAUUUAUCCGGUGAUUAUGAUUUCCUAAAGGGGCUUAAAUCAAUCAAUUCAGCUUCGUUCAAAGCCUUCUGGAAAAUCUUGUUCUGCCAUAAACUUGAGCAUAGCAUGUCUUCAGCUUCAAGUCCGAUACCAGCUCAACAGCUUCAACCAGAAGGCUUUUCGCAGUGGAAUCCAUAUGUGAUUGGUUCGGUUAUUGUUGUCUGCACUAUCAUUGUCUUGUUCAGCUAUUACAGAAUACUAAUACGACUUUGCUGCGCGCUGAAUGCUCUAACUUUCUCUGAAAACCGAGUUCAAAUGAGGCGGAUAAGUGAGAAUAACCCGGAAGAUUCAUCGUUGCAGUAUAACUGUCAUGGACUGCAAUCUACCAUCAUGCACUCCCUACCAAUUUCUCAGUACAAGAAGGGGAAGGAAGAGGAACCAAGAGCAAGCAACUACGAAUGUGUAGUUUGCUUGGGGGAAUUCGAUGAAGGGGAGUGGCUGAAACAUCUACCAAACUGUGCUCAUGUGUUUCAUGUUGCCUGCAUUGACACUUGGUUUCAGACACACUCAAAUUGCCCCAUUUGCAGGUCUCACGUCCAUGAUUCAGGUCAUGAACAUUCCAUUUCCAUGAACACAAUGCUGGAGAGUCUCAGGAGGGAAGACUUUCCAUGACAGAACAGAGCAUAAUAAAUCCGAAACUCUUUACCAGAACCAGAAGAAAAGGCGCUUGACUUGUUUCACGUCAUGUAGAAAACAUCAGUAGCCUCGAGGGAUUUCCUGCAGGAAGCCAAGAAGCUGAUGAUUUCCAUGAAAUUGAUAUUUCUGUGGAUUAGGUUCUUCAGGCAACAGAUUAUACAAGCCGAGUUCGCCACUUUUUGCCGAAGAAAAGAGGCUCUAACUUGCAGCAGCGCAACAGGAGAUAUCAUUUCUUGAAAAAAUGCAAAUGACAUUGUAAGUUCAAAUUCGAUGGUGGAUGGUAACCUUUUCGCUUGAUGUUAAGG